CGCAUGAAUGGAGCUCCUGGCGUGAGGCAAAGCCUGGCACCGUCCGCGCCGUCGGUACCUGCUCCCGGAGCGUGAGUGCGGGCUGUUAGCCGUGCGCGUGCGCGCUCGGGGGGGGUGUGGGGAACGCGAGGUGAGCGCGCCCGGCCGUUGCGGGCGCGUGGCUGCUGAGGCUGGUGGCGGCGGCGCGCGCCCCACGGGCCAGUAGUUGCUGGGCCUCGCGCCUCGCCCGUGUUGCGGGCAGCCGUGGCGGCCGCCGGGGACCGCAAGGGGCGGAGGAAAGGAGGGGGCCGGCCCCGGCAAGCGGAGGAACAGCCGAACAUGCCCCGAGACAACAUGGCUUCCCUGAUCCAACGGAUCGCCCGCCAGGCGUGCCUCACCUUCCGGGGCAGCGGGGGCGGCCGCAAUGCUUCCGACCGCGGCGCGGCGUCUGGUUCCGAGGCGCCGAUGCCGCCUGGCUUCCCCGAGAACCUGAGCAAGCUAAAGAGCUUGCUGACCCAAGUCCGCGCAGAGGACCUCAACAUCGCCCCUCGCAAGGCCACGCUGCAGCCCCUGCCCCCCAACCUGCCGCCGGUCACCUACAUGCACAUCUACGAGACUGACGGCUUCAGCCUCGGCGUGUUCCUGCUCAAGAGCGGCACGUCCAUCCCGCUGCACGACCACCCGGGCAUGCACGGAAUGCUCAAGGUGCUCUACGGCACCGUACGCAUCAGCUGCAUGGACAAGCUGGAGGCGGGCGGCGGGCAGCGGCCGCGGGCCCCGCCGCCCGAUCAGCAGUUCGAGCCGCCGCUGCAGGCCAGAGAGCUGGAGGCCCUGCGGCCGGGCGUCCUGCGCUCGCGGGCCGAGUACACCGAGGCCAGCGGUCCCUGCGUCCUCACGCCGCAUCGGGACAAUCUGCACCAGAUCGACGCCGUGGACGGACCCGCCGCCUUCCUGGACAUCCUGGCCCCACCCUACGACCCCGACGAUGGCCGGGACUGUCACUAUUACCGGGUGCUGGAGCCAUUGAAGCCCAAGGAGGCCUCCGGCUCGGCCUGUGACCUGCCCCGAGAAGUGUGGCUCCUGGAGACCCCUCAGGCCGAUGACUUCUGGUGCGAGGGAGAGCCCUAUCCAGGUCCCAAGGUCCUCCCCUGAGGCCCCCUGUUCCCGGGAGCGGUGGGCCGAAGAUGUGCCCUACCUUGAUCAGGGCCGUAGGGCCAGGCUGCCUGCGACCCACCACAAGGGCUCUCUCUCUCUGCACCCCCAGCCUGGGCUUUGGAUCUACUGGCAUGACCAGCAACCGCUUCCUUGGCAGCCUUAGGAAGCACGGGCGACAGCAGCCACUGGGCACGGUUAUGGGGGCGGAUGGGAGGCGAGGUUGUUUCCUGGUACUGUCACUGCCAACAGGGCUUUGGUUUGGGGGAGUGGGGCAGGGGACUCUGAAGCGCUUCCAUCCUAAAGCCAUAAUGAAAAUACUCUGUUCCCCAUUUUAUACAAUACACUAAGUGGUUUUCUUUGACCCACCUCUUGGGUGAAUAGGGAUUGUUUUCCACUUCUGCCCCUAUGACCUUUUGCCCCUUACAGUUUUAACUUAUUGACUAUGCAUGACCCAGUGGUUUGAAUUGCUUUAGUUCAAGUCAUUGGUAAAAACUACCUUUAGAGAGAUAAGCUACUUUUAAAGUAAGCUAUCCUGUCUUAAUUCCCUGUGAAAAUUAAGUCAUCUUUUCAGAGUUUGGGGAUCACCCCAAGACAUUACUAUGCAUGUCAAGGACAAGAUUUAUUUUCUUUCCUCUCCUUGCCCCAUGGCUACCUACAUCUGUUUUUCUCAGGCAUUGUCUACUAAGAAAUUCAGCACUUGCAUAUUUCAGAGAGAGCUGGUCCCUUACAGCUUAUCCUCCCCAUGAGUCUCCAGGUCUGUCAGUUGAGCAGGUUUUUUUUGUUGUAGAUUCACCUUUGAUUCAAAGACUAUUGUCUUCUAGUGACCUUUUUCUUAACAUACUUUAAGAGAUAGGGUCAUUCUGUAUUUUCUAACCAGAAGAUUCAGAGAAGCUGAAUCUGUUAUGCUUCCAAAUAACUGUAAAACACUCCUAACAAGCUGUUGAAUUCCAUACCCCUGUGUCUUCCUGUAAAAGUAGAGAAAAGUAUGUUAAUGACUGUUUCACAUUCUCCCAGGAACUCUGGUGUUCCAGAAGGCUGUGGUUUCAGCUAUGUUGCUGGUGAUGUUGUCUCAGCCCUCUCAAACGGGAAUGAGUGCUUGCUUCAUCCAAUGUGGUUUUCUGUAGGAAGAGUAGAUGAUCUAGGCUGGAGUUUUGAGAAUUGACUACUUCUAGCCAUUUUAGAACCAAAACUUGGGAUUAAACGUUUCUCACUCCCAACUCUUGAAAUGAAUAGUUGUGCUAUGUGUAGUUUUAUUUUUGUUCUUUUACUAGGCUGAGCAACUUUAUCUUGUUUACAAGUGUGUUGACACCAUUUGUUUCAGGCCAUGGAGCACUGUUUCCCUCUUUUUACUAUUUAUAGGAUUCCUUUUUACACUAAACUUUUCAUAAAAACAAACUGUAGAAAUAAACACAUAAAAAUUUGCCCAGCUGUUGUCUAAGCCCUCUUGAUUGACUUGCCCAGGUGACAAUACUUCUAAUAUCUGUAAUAAGAGAAGAUUUACUAUUAUUGAUGGAAAGUGUUUGUUGAUCCUGGAGGAAUAUGUGCUUUUGCCUCAUUAUGCACACUAGGUUACAGAGACCCAGGGUGAAGGAGUUUUUGUUUCCAGUUUUAAAAAUAAUAUGAAAAAAGCAAUUCUUGACCUUAUUAAUAAGAAAAGGUACUUAUUCAACACAACACUCCACUAAGCCCCUGUUGUAACACCUGACACAGGCAUAAUAGUAAGCAUCUCCUCCACCUUGCUGAAGUUCAAGUGUGAAGUGGUUCUUUGUGUCACUCAGUUUGAAAAUCAAUUCCAGAUAGGUAGAUGAUUUUCUUAGACAAAUAAACAAAAUUUUUUUCAUAGUAAAGCAGUGAGCAUUGUGUGGACACCAGUCACAUAGUUACCUUUUUAAAAUUACAUUGUAGCCAAAAGGUGAUUAUUUACAAAGAUUGUUGAAAGCGAUGUAUAUGCUACAGUAUAAUCUAGAGAACAUUAAACACAUAGAAACUCAUCCUGGAAAUAGAAUAGUAAUAAAGGAAGAAUUUUUACAAAGGAUUUAAUUACAAAAAGUGUAAAGCUCUCAAUUAUAAGCAAUUUGGAAGAAAAACUAAGGUGCUUUUCAAAAGAAUAACUGAAAUUGUUCCAGGCCAAAAGAGCAAUAUGUUGUCUUUCUAAUUUAGUUCAGGAACAGUGAAACUUUUGAUGCACUAAUAAAUUGAGUAAAUUAAUGGUGAAAAUAAAAUGUAAUUUGUUUUAAUGAGCCACUGUGGAAAGAAUAUGCUCAUUACCAAGACACAAUGUGGUGCAGAAAAAGCCUUGCACCUCUAUGCAGAAACUGUUAGAACUGACUUCCUGUGCUGCUGUUGAGUUUCCAUAUAGUCCUACAAAGUCAAUUAUGUUUUAGUAACAACUCUAGGAUAAGAGUUACCUUACCCUAGGAAAGACUAAUGAGCACAAUGGUAUUAAUCACAUAACUUUUUUGUUGUAUAAUACAUGCAAUAAUUGCUUCUCGUGGAUGAGAAGUUGGCUAAACACUUACUGAAGCUUUUAAAUUCUCUAUAGUUAACAUUGGUGACAAGUUAUGUCAAUGCAGAAUUUUAUGUACCUACCUACUUCUUGGAGAACUGAUUUUUUAACUAAGACUGAUUUGAUGAGUUGAGUUUAUACCAAAUGGUGUUUAUUAAUGAAAAUGGUAGUCUGCUUUUUAAGUAAUACAUGUUUUAUCAACAGGAGUCUGUUCUCUGAGCUUUUAAUGCAAACAGCCCUUCUCCCAAAAUAGACACCUUGUAUUCCCCCUUCUGUUGCCUCCUUGUAGCCUUAGUCUUGGCAUCUCAGAGGACUCAUCACUCUAUUGCAGAUGAUUCUGAAUCUUGUGUUCUAGUUCUGCCUGGCAAGGAAGCAGUGUAUCUUUAAUGUAAACCUCUUCCCAUUGCUAUUGUAGUCUGCCCUGAUAGUAGUUAGGUUUAAAUUCAGAACUUAGGGUUAUAGCAGAGCCGACCACUGGUCAAUUCCAUGGCACUGAGGUCUGCCAGCAGAGAAAGAAACCAUUUGUUAAUGAUGCUGAAUCUUCAAAUCCAGGGAUGUUGACAUUUCUGAUUAAAAUCAGUGUACUUAUGGAAAAUAAAGGCAUGUUUUAAAUUACUUAGAGAUAAGUCUUGUUUAUUGUGAAAUG